AUGCCCCGCAACGAAGAGAGCGUCGCGCUGCGCUCGUCGGGCCCCAGCGACAGCGCCACCACUGCACUGCCGUCUCCUUCUCGCGCGCGUCUGCUCGCAAGCGCCGGCGUGGGCAGCGGCCCCAGCGCCCCAAUCGAAGCGCACGCCGUGCGGCUCAAUGUGCUCAACAGCAGUGUCCAGGAAGCCCGCGAGGCGCGGAACUCGCGGCUGAUCAUGGGCGCAAUCUCAUUGGUCAAUAUCCCUCAGAUCCUCGCGGCCAGCGUCAUUCUCGCGUCUUCUUGGCAGAAAGAGACGCUGUGUUUUCGCAUCCAAGUGUGGGUCCUGCUCCAUACGGUGCACCUCACGCUCACGCUACUGCUCGAGUGGACGCUCUAUUAUUUAAACUCGGCCCGCAGUAAUCGGGCAAUUCGGCUGCGCGAAGAGCACAUGACGUCGCUGAGUCAGCUCAAGUACGGACUGGACCUGGCGGGCCUCUUUUGGUUCCUCGUGGGCAACAUGUGGGUCAUUAGCGACGGCGCGCGCUGCGACGACGGGUCGACAAUGUACCAACUGGCGCUGUGGAUGAUCAUCAUCUCGUACGCAAAGAUCUUUCUGCCGUGUUUGCUGCUGCUGGCGCUGCUGCCGAUCCUGUGCUUUUGUCUCCCGUGUGUCAUUCGACUGCUCAAUCGACUGCAGGACCCGAUGAGAGGCAAAGGAGCGACGAAAGAGCUGAUUGACCAGAUUGAGACCAAGACGUUUGCGCCCAACAUGUUCCCGCUCGAAGACGCAUGCUGCUGUAUUUGUCUGAACAACUACGAAGCCUCGCAGCUUCUGCGCGUGCUACCGUGCGGACACCAUUUUCACAAAGAGUGUGUCGACGAGUGGUUGCUGGUGAACUCGACGUGCCCGACCUGCCGAAAAUCCAUAUUUGACGCCGAAGCAGGCGAUGCUGUCGCCACAAGCGAGGGAGACAUGCUGCGGCGUGUGUGA